UUUCAGCACAGAGAAUGAACCAGCAGUGGAAGAGAAAACACUACAGGUUGGAUGACAACUGAUAAAGAAGAUGUUUUAUUUUUAUGACCAGUGCCUGUGGGAUCUGUGAUGGCAAUGAUGGCUGGCUGUGGUGAAAUCGAUCACACAAUAAAUAUGCUUCCUGCAAAUAAGAAGGCGAAUGAGCCCUGUUCUAAUGCUGCCCCUUCUCUAACGGUUCCCGAGUGCGCCAUUUGUCUGCAAACGUGUGUUCAUCCAGUCAGUCUGCCCUGUAAGCAUGUUUUCUGUUAUCUGUGUGUAAAGGGCGCUUCGUGGCUUGGGAAGCGAUGUGCUCUUUGUCGACAAGAGAUCCCCGAGGAUUUUCUCGAUAAGCCAACCCUGUUGUCACCAGAAGAACUUAAGGCUGCAAGUAGAGGCAAUGGUGAAUAUGCCUGGUAUUAUGAAGGAAGAAACGGGUGGUGGCAGUACGAUGAGCGCACUAGUCGGGAGCUGGAAGAUGCAUUUUCCAAAGGUAAAAAGAACACAGAAAUGUUAAUUGCUGGAUUUCUGUAUGUUGCUGAUCUUGAAAACAUGGUUCAGUAUAGGAGAAAUGAACAUGGACGUCGCAGGAAGAUUAAGCGAGAUAUAAUAGAUAUACCAAAGAAGGGAGUGGCUGGACUCAGGCUGGACUGUGAUACUAAUACUGUAAACCUAGCAAGAGAGAGCUCUGCCGAUGGUGCGGACAGUGUAUCGGCGCAGACUGGAGCGACUGUUCAGCUUCCAGUGCCGUCUUCCACACGGCCCCUAACGUCAGUGGAUGGUCAGUUAACCAGCCCUGUCACACCGUCCCCCGAUGCUGGCACUUCUCUGGAAGACUCUUUUGCUCAUUUACAACUCAGUGGAGACAGCAUAGCUGAAAGGAGUCAUCGAGGUGAAGGUGAAGAGGAUCGCGACUCACCAUCUUCUGGCAGAGUACCAGACACUUCCGUUGAAGAGACCGAAUCAGAUGCCAGUAGUGACAGUGAGGAUGCCCCUAUGGUUGUUGCACAGCACUCCUUGACGCAACAGAGACUUUUGGUUUCAAGUGCAAACCAGACAGUGGCUGAACGAUCAGACCGAUCAGGAACUGACCGAGCCGCAGCAGGGGGUGGGACCAUGAGUGUCAACGUCAGAUCUAGGAGGCCUGAUGGACAGUGCACAGUGACAGAGGUUUAAACCAGUAUCUCCAGCACCACACUCAAGGGUGAAAUGGAUACCUGUAAAUUUCUGCCCACAUAACAUUAUACUCAUCCUUAGCAGUGCAUUGUGGGAGUUGGGGUGGGAAGGGAUAUGGGAAGGACAGACCUGAAAUUAAAAUGUCUAACAUGUCUCCGCUGAAAUUUAUUUAAUGUGAGGAGUUGGGGUGUUGAUAGUUGAGGGCUGUUCAGUCAGUAAUGACAGUUUUCUUGACAUCUGUUUACUUUGUAGUGUAUUUCUUUUAACUCUUUGGUUCUUUUGGCCAGUGUGUACCUGUGCAUUGAUGGUCCUCAUCUGACUCUUGCACUACUUAUUUUUCUGCAUGGAUUGGUAUAAAAUCAUUACUAAAAUUUGGCAACUGAGAGAUUUGAUAUCAUUAUGAGAAGGAAGCUUCAUGUGAAAACUAGAUGACUAACACUUUAUGGUUGGUCUUACUGAGCUAGAAAUGUAAAGCUGCGGCGGAGACGUCCUUGUUUCAGAAUCUGUAACACUUCAUGUCGUUCUUUCCAUAAGAUUUACCGUCUUGUCCUUGUACUUUGAGGUUUCUCUUAGUCUGCAUUUUUCUUUUUGAUUAAAAAAACUUUAUAAUUUAAUAAAUACUAGAGUUUAUCAAAAAUAAUUUGUUUCUUUUUGAGUCUGUAAAAGGGAUGAAGGUACUUAGGUAUUUGUGGCUAAAGAGC